AUCGGGCAGAAUUGGAGUGAUGACAGCAUUGGAAAAACUCGCAAAAUUGAGAUCCUUGUUCCAUUCGGAACGGGUUCUCGCGCUCACUUCCAGCAAGCCGAUGGUCGCGUAUCUUCUCCCAAGCACUGACGCUCAUCAUAGCGAAUAUCUAGCCGAUUACGAUUUUCGAGUGAAAUUCCUGUCUGGUUUCAGUGGUUCCAAUGCCUACGUUGUUGUUACCGAUAGAGAAGCUCUCCUUUGGACUGAUGGCCGAUAUUUCACUCAAGCCGGGAAUCAGCUUGAUUCCAACAGCUGGAAAUUGAUGAAACAAGGACAGCCCGAUUCGAUUACUGUCGUUGAUUGGCUUGUGAGAGAGCUCGAGCGUGGAUCCGUUAUUGGAUUUGAUCCAACUCUGUCGACGUUCGACGCUGGUUCCAAGACAUUUAAACGUCUGAAGGCAGCAGGUCUUCAACCAGUCUCGAUUCCUGGAAAUCUAGUCGACGAGUUCUGGACUGAUCGGCCAAGACUCGCUGGUGAGCCAGUAGUCGUGCUCGAUGUUGAAGACACUGGUCUUACAACUUCAAAAAAAGUCGAGAAUCUUCGGGAGAAGCUGAAACAAAAAAAGUGCGACGCAGCUGUAUUUACUCUUCUUGAUGAUGUUAUGUGGCUUCUGAACAUUAGAGGAAGUGAUAUCCCGUACAAUCCUCUUGCAUAUUCAUAUCUCUUCGUGGCAAUGCGCGAGAUUCACGUAUUUAUCGACAAUGAGAAACUCGAUGAGAAAUCUCGAGCCCAUUUCCACAAAUCGAAUGUAUCGAUUCAUCCAUACGGAGAAGUCUAUUCAUGGAUAUCCAAUUGGCUCAAGGCAAAAGAAGCGAGCAAAGAGCCUCACAUGGUUUAUCUCACACCAGAAACUAAUUACGCUAUUGGAAGCAUUAUUGGCGAAGAGAACUCGAUGGUUGACACUUCCCUGGUUCAGACCGCCAAGGCCACCAAAAACGAUCAUGAAAUGCAAGGAAUGAGAAACAGUCAUCUUCGUGAUAGUGCUGCUCUUGUUGAGUUCCUUUGCUGGCUCGAAAAGGAGUUGCUCUCUGGAAAAAGAUACACUGAAAUCGAGUUAGCUGAUAAGAUAGACCAUUUGAGAAGUCUUCAAGACAAAUAUGUUACUUUGAGUUUUGAUACCAUAUCAGCUGUCGGAGAUCACGCAGCACUUCCCCAUUACAAGCCUCUCGGAGAAAGUGGCAAUCGUAAGGCUGCAGCCAAUCAGGUGUUCCUCCUCGAUUCUGGAGCUCAUUAUGGAGAUGGAACAACCGAUGUGACGAGAACUGUGUGGUACACGAACCCACCGAAAGAGUUCAUUCUGCACAAUACUCUUGUAUUGAAGGGACACAUUAAUUUGGCACGGGCCAAGUUCCCUGAUGGUAUCUAUGGUUCUCGUUUGGACACGCUGACUCGUGAUGCUUUAUGGAAGCUUGGUCUCGAUUUUGAACAUGGUACUGGACACGGUGUUGGACACUACCUUAACGUACACGAAGGACCGAUCGGAAUCGGUCAUCGUAGUGUUCCAACCGGUGGAGAGCUUCAUGCCAGCCAAGUGCUUACCAUUGAGCCAGGAUUCUAUGCCAAGGAGAAGUACGGAAUUCGAAUUGAAAACUGUUACGAAACAGUUGAAGCUGUUGUCAUGUCUAAAGCUCAGAACUUCUUGACAUUCAAGUCUCUCACUUUGGUGCCUAUUCAAACUUCGAUCGUCGACAAGUCUCUUCUGAUUGAAGAGGAAAUCAAUUGGCUCAAUCAAUACCACGCUCGGGUUCUGAAGGAAGUUGGUGAACAUCUUCAGAAACGCGGAAAAACGGAUGAGCUGAAAUGGCUCGCAGAAGCCUGUAAACCAAUCUAAAUAUCUGGAACAAUUACAACAUGUUUUAUAUUAUUUUAACCGGUCAACGUCUUGUUGAGCAAAUUUGUGCUCAAUUAACUAUUUUUUAUCACAAUUUCUGGAUCCUGGUGUAAAACUUAUUCUCCCCGAAUGAUUCAUCCGUAUUCCCCUUUUUUUCUCCUGUCGUUCUUUCUCGCUUUUCCGUAGAUUUCCUGUACUAAUACUUGAGAAUGAAUCUUUUUCUUUUG